UCCUGUUCUCGUGCCGCCAGAAGCACACAUCACCUGCACCAUUACAUUGGUGUUCCCAAUGAGGGAGAAUGGAUGAGCAGGCAGCAGUGAUGAUGAGAAUGUUGAUGAUGUUUUUCCUCUUUGUUGUGAUUUCUGUUCUUUUCCUUCUUUUGUUGAGCAUCUCAUUUGCUAUUGUCUUCUUCUGGAAGUGUCUGAUCGGUCAUGUUGAACGCCACUGUGAAUUGAUGAGAAAUUCUGCUGAUGUUGAUCCCCCUAUUCGCCCACGGCAGGAUGAGGAUGAUGAUGGGAAGAAAGCCCUGAGCCAGCUAUUGAGAUUCCUUCUUUUCCUUGAUGACUUGAACCUCCCGCGGAAGAACCUUGAUAUUGACAGUGCUGUUGAUCUUUUUCUUUUGUGUGAGAAGAAUCCUCUUGUGUAUUCUCUUUUGAAUCGCGUGUCUCCCAAGUAUUCCCAUUCGGAUUCCACUGUCAAUACACCUGUUCCGAAGAAGGGGGUUAGUAAUGAUAAGAUGGCUGCUGCGGAUUCUACCUCGACGACCCCUGCAACAACCCCUGCUGCCGGAAUGCCUUGCUGAAUCAUAAUGCCAAUGCCAAUGCCUGGGACCCCCGGUGCCCUGUUCUUUGAUGGAAAGGAUGUUACCACAUUUGUGAACCGAUUUGAAAUGAUGAGAACCUUGCACCAUGUUGCAGAUAUUGAUUUGCCUUUACUACAGAACUAUUGCUCAAUGAAACUACAGAGAUAUGUUGAUCAAUUGAUGUUGAAUCAUAAGACAUGGGAUGGAGUUAGCAGACAACUGCUUGCAGAUUUCUGGCGCGAAGACUCACAUCAACAGAUGUAUAAUCAGUCAUACCUUUGUAUACUUUCUAGCAAGAUGCAUUCUGAUCAGAAUAUUCUUGUGUAUUGCUGUCAAUUCUGUGGUAUUACAAUGCAGUUGAUUCAAAGGAAUGAGCUGCAUCAAUCAGUUGUGUGUAUAUGGUUCCUGCAAGGUCUUCCAGAGGAUGUUUGUGAGAAAGCUUUUUGCAUUGCUGGAUUUGAUCAGGUCGCUAGCCAAUCUUAAUGAGAAUUGCUGAAGAUUUGCAAUGCUGUGAUGAGAUUGCAGAAAACAAAGAAGGAUAUUGUGAGAAUUCUGUCAAUCAAUUCUUUUCCCUGCUCUGUGUCUGAUCCACCUGUGUUGAAAUCAUCAAUGUCAAAUGCCCCUGCCAGUUCUGCAUCUAGAUCAAUGUUGAAUGUGCUUUCCUGUCCUAUGUUGAGUCUGUCUGCAAUUCCUGCCAUUCCUGUGAUUUCUGCUGUUCCUGCAAUUCCUGCUGUCCCUG